AUGAAUUUGUCGUCCUUCAACAUCUCCGUGGAGGCCGGCAGGAAACCAGAGGAGGAGUUGAGAGAAGCUCUAUUGAAAAACCUCAUCGUCUCGGGUCUCUGCAUCUCCAUCAACUACAUCAACGCAUGUAGAGGUAGAACAGAAGGAACUGAAUUCUUGCCGAGUCUGACAGUUUCUCAGCUUUGGUCUGAAAAUCGGUUUCGUGUCUUUGGACUUUCAGUCGAACUUGUGUUUACUUCCUUUGUCUUCCAGAUCUUCUACUCAAACCCUCGCUACAUCCUCUUCAUCCAUCUGGUGAUGAACGACAUGAUCCAGCUGAUGCAGACGUCCGUCCUCUUCAUCCUGUCGUACGUCCUGCAGACCGUCUCUGUGUCCGUCUGCAUCGUUCUGCUGAUGGUCGCCAUAUUGACCACCUUCAACACUCCGGUGAACUUGGCGGUCAUGGCGGCGGAGUGCUACAUCGCCGUCUGCAUGCCUCUGCGUCACGCACAGAUCUGCACGGUGAGGAAGACCUACGUCCUGAUCGGCCUGAUGUGGGCGGCGAGCGGACUGUCCGUCCUGCUGGACCUGCUCCUCCUCCUGGCGGCAGAACCGUUGCAGUUCUUCCACUCCAGAGUUUGGUGUUUCCGAGACAACGUGUUCAGAAACAAACAGGGCUUGGAGAAGAGGACCGCCGCCAACAUCCUUUGCCUCGUCCUGGUCUGGUUCACCCUCUUCUUCACGUAUUUCCGAAUCCUGUUUGCAGCCAAAGGAGCAGCAGCAGACAGUGGAAAGGCCAGAAACACGAUCCUGCUGCACGGCUUCCAGCUGCUGCUGACCAUGCUCAACUACGUCAGGCCGCUGGUCGAACAAGCCCUGCUCCUCCUGUGGCCCAACGACCACGCCCACAUCGUCUUUGCCUCCUUCGUCAUGGUCCAGAUCGUGCCGAGGUUCGUCAGUCCCAUCAUCUACGGCCUCAGAGACCCCACCUUCAGGAAGUGCGUGAGGGGCCACCUGCUGUGUGGACGCCGCGCAGGAGACGCCACGUCCUCCUCCGUCAGACUGAAGUUCUUCCUGCAGCUCCUCCACAGACGCAGGACGUCCCAGAAUGCACCACGAAAAGCUGCCUGA